AUGCUAUUUGAAAUUGGACUGUUCUUGAUUUUGAAUACGCUCCUAUCCACCGUUCAAUGCUUUAUUUAUCGACAUCGAUUGGUGUUACCGAAAGAUCAUUGGUUGAGAUUUUCAUUGCACAAUUGGGUCCUCAUUUUAGCUUUUCAUUAUUUUCUUUUUCUAUUUAUUGGUUCUAUCUGUAUUCUUCGAUUACCCCUUGAACACCCACCAAAUGCACAAGGAUUGGAGAAAUUGUUGGAAGAUUACCCCGAAUAUUCAUUUCUCGGAACUGACGUCAAUGCUUGGAUUGCUUAUAUGAAUCAACCAAUCUUCCCACCAAUUCUCAAUUUCUCUUCAGUACUUGGUCUUGAAAUUCUUAUCCCUGUUGUUGCAACAGAAUUGCUAUUAUUUUCAACUUCAUUCGUGAUUCAUUCAAUUUAUCUCCUUGAAAGUCCAUUGAUUCAUAUGAGCGCAAAGACAAAACAAUUACAUAAAAGGCUCGUCUAUUCUUUGUUUGUGCAGAUAAUGAUCCCAUUUUUCUCUGUAGCUGGCCCAUUGGUCUUACAGACAAUGGAAGAGAGUUUGCAAAUAAACGUCGCUCAAUGGCCUGGUUGCAAGAUCGUUCACGGGAAACCGCGCCAUUCGCAGUCACAAGGAAGUGUAGAGCAAGCAAACGCGGAUAUCGAGGAUAUCUUGAGCGUUCAUCAAAGAGAAACAAAAACUACCGAGUGGGCCCGAUUUUUGCCCUUGAUUCAAUAUCGUAAAAACAUCAGAUUUCAUUCCGGUAUUGGACGUAGCCAUAUGUUGCAAUGUUUGGACGAGACUCAGAAAAUGCUACAGCGAUUACUAAGGAAGAAGUUUUGUCAGACGACGACGAAAUCCAGCAAAAAAAGUGCCUACGAGCAGGAGGAGAAAACGCUUCAGGAAGAUAAUUCUACUCGUUACGCCGGUCUACGACCUGUAAGCUUCAUGGAUUCAAUUGAGAGUGGUGUUGAGAAAUUUCCUGAAUUCGCAAAUCAGAGGAAUAAUGAGGCCUUUCAACUUGGGAUUGUUCGUCCAAUGCUUGGUGCUCAAAAAGAUGAGGAGCAAGCGGAAAUCAAUUGCACGAAAGACGCUUCACGCCAGUUAACAAAGUUUUGCACCAAU